AUGAUUUGCUUUGACAUAAUUUUUACCUUAAAUAGCUCAGUAAAAAUAUCAGAGUAAAUAUUCAAUGUUGACUAUCUACAUGGCAGAAUUCCUUUUAAUACACUAUCUUCUGUUUUUGGUUGGCAAGGAAUAAUAAUUGGAUUUUUAUAUGGUUUACUAUAUUAAUUUAUAAAUAAAUGCUAAGAAUAUAAUAAUUAUAAUGAACAAACAAUUAAUGAAAAACAGCUGAAGUUUAUUUAUUAAUAGGAAUAGCUUUAACUUUAGCUUCAUUUGAUUAAUGGAACCAUAAUAAAAAAUUGA